AUGAGUAUAAGUAAAGAGUCGUCCAAAACCAUGUUAGAUAUUGAGAAGAAAGCUGGGGAAAAAAAAGACUUUAAAGAUGUAUCAAAAUUAAACAAAAAAGAGCAACUUAUUUUACCAUUUACCUUUUUAUUAAUUGGUCUUAGUUCGUUAAAUGUAUGGAACACAGCUUUAGGGUUAAAUAUAAAUUUUAAAUACAACACAUUCCAAAUAACAGGUUUAGUAGUUUCGUCUAUCAUAGCCCUUUUUGUAAAUUUACCAAAAAUAUUAUUACCCAUUGCAUUAGGAGGAUUAGCUAUAUUAUGUGCAGGUUUUCAGAUAGCUCAUCAAUAUUUUACCUUUGAGCAAUUUGAUACUUAUUGUUUAAUAGCAUUUAUAACAAUUGGAAUACUCGCAGGAUUUGUACAAACCAUUGCAUUUAACAUUGGGACAACUAUGGAGAAAAAUAUGGGUGGAUAUAUGUCAACUGGUAUAGGUGUUUCAGGAGUUUUCAUAUUUAUUAUAAAUUUAUUACUAGAUCAAAUUGUUUCUGAGGAAAAGCUAUAUAAUGUAAACAAAGCAAAAUUACUGUAUCUUUAUUUUAUCUGUGAAAUUUGCCUAAUUCUAUCAAUCAUAUUUAGUUUGUGUAAUUUAGAAUUAACUUCAAGUAAAUUGUUAAAAGAGGAAGAAUGUAAUGAUAAAGAACCAGGAUUGUCCUAUGUUGAAUUAAUUAAAGAUAGUUAUAAAGCCAUUUUGUCUAUGUUUUUAGUAAAUUGGCUAUCUUUACAAUUAUUCCCAGGGGUUGGACAUAAAAAAUGGCAACAGAGUCAUGGUAUAUCAGAUUACAAUGUAACAGUAAUUGUAGGGAUGUUUCAAGUUUUUGAUUUUGUCAGUAGAUAUCCACCAAAUUUGAGUCAUAUAAAAUUUUUUAAAUUUUUUACCUUUUCCUUAAAUAAAUUAUUACUUUUUAAUUUUCUUCGUCUCCUAUUUAUUCCUUGGUUUGUUUUAAAUGCAGCUGUUGAAUAUUCAUUUUUUACAAAUAUUGUUCAACAAUGUAUUUGUAUGGCUAUGCUUGCAUAUACCAAUGGUUGGUUCAAUACAGUACCCUUUUUAGUAUUCGUGCAAGAACUUAAAAAGACAAAGAAAAAGAAAGACAUCGAGACCAUUUCCACCUUUCUAGUUAUUGCUAUGUUUGUUGGAUUGGGUAUGGGAAUAUGGACAACCUACAUUUACAAUUACUUCCCCAUUGUGAUCAAGAGAUAUGUCAUUCCAUAA